CUCACUUUUUUCUUCUAAGCAGCUCUCUCAUAUUCUCUCUGAUCAUCUGACAACCCGAAAUGGAGGAAGCUUCAGCUGCAGAGCUGAUCACGAGCCCCAGGAUCUCUUUCUCCCACGACCUGCCCACCUUCGAACCAGCAGCAACAACGACAGCCACAUCCCUGACGACGAUCAUGUCGCCACGGCGGCGCCCGCGGCGGGGGCGAAGGGGGACGGUCCCGGCCGACGAGCCGGAGUUCGACUUCGCCAACGCGGCCGCCGCCGACGUCGCACCCGCCGACCGCCUGUUCUCCGGCGGCAGGCUGCUCCCCGUGCCGCCGCUCCCGCCCGUCGCGCGCCCGCCGUGGCCGGAGAAGACGACAUCGAGGCCCCCGCCGCCGCCGCCGCCGCGGUCGAAAUCCUCCCCGUUGGCGCGCAGCAGCAGCGUCAACUCCACGGCGGCGGCGGCGGCGGGGGCGUCCGGCAGGUUCACAUGCCCGGCGUUCCCGCUGAUGCGGAGCCGCUCCGCCGGCGCCUCGGCCGCCGGGGGUGGCCGCCCGUCGCAUAGCAAGAAAGUUGCUCCGGCCGCGAUGUGGGGUAACAAUGGAGGCUGCGGCGGCGGCGGAGGAAGAUCGGGUUACUAUUAUGGGUACGGUGGCGGGAGGAUUAAUGGUGGUGCGGCGAGCCGUGGUUCAGGGGUUAGGGUCAGCCCGGUGCUGAACGUGACCUCCAUUGGCACCAGUGUCGUGAACUUGCUGAGCUUCUUGCUCUGCGAUUGCGGCGAGAAGGGCACGGGCAAGAGCAGGGAUCCCGGCCUCAAUUGCUGGGUCACUAGGUAGUAGCGGUGGUCGUUAAUUAGUGAUUGUUCUUCAGUUGUCAGCCAUGGUUGCCCCUGUAAAGUUGUAAGUAAGAAAGGAAAUGAAUUGCCAUGUUAAUUGUGAUCGACGGAUGGAUUGGAUGCAAAAAAAGCAUGGAUGUACAUAGCGGGUGAAAGGGAUGUGCCUGCAUGUGUUUCAAUUCCGUUCUGGGGGGAGGCGUUUGAUGGAGGAAAGAUUCAUUGAUCCAACA